CUUUUCUUUUUUUCUUUUUCCUUUUCUUCCCCCCCCUUCCCUCCUUUGUGUGCUUCUGCUUUUCCCCAGCUCUUUUUCCCCCGUUCGAUCCCCGCUUCCUUCAUAAGGGUGGCACUCUUCCCUCUGAACCCCUCGCCGGGCGUAAGUGUCAGGAGGCGGCAGACGCGGAGAUUGCCUCGGGAGCAGGCGAUGCGCGCCGCUGCUCCGCGCGCUGCCCGGGGGAGGCUGGCGCAAGCGGGCGAGCCGGCCCGGGCUGAAUGGAGGGACGGGGCGCCUCGAGUCCAUGGGGUCUGCUUCUCCGUUGAAAGGAGGUUGGGCCGGCGAAGUGGCCUCCCCAGUCCCCCCACACAAUGCUAAAUGGAUUUACCUAGUGGAUUCGCGGUGGAUGGCUGUCAUGUAGAAGUGAGGACCCUCCGGGAGGAGCUUUAAACCAUUUCCCCGCUCCCCACCCCCCGGCACGCACUCUCGCCCGAAACUCUUUGGGAGUAUCUCUCGAGAACCUGGAGCCCCGGAAAUCUGGGAGCAGCCGCCCGCUCCGUGCUUGCUCUUCCCCGGGGCUGCCUUUUCGGACAAGCCCCCAUCAGCUGCAUUCACCUCGGCUAUGUUUCGGAUUCUUUGGGGUGCGAGGCACGGCGGACUCCAGGACCCCGAGAAGACUGUCCGAACGAGGGAGAGGAUGGGUGCCCUGACGCGGUGAGGCGGCCAGCCCGCAGCCCACCCUGAGCCGCCCGCUGUUCCCCGGCGCCCUCUCCCCUCACCGCGCCCCAAACUUUGCCUCCCGCGGCGGUUGCCCCUCGGCGGGCGCCCAGCCAUGUACCAGAGGAUGCUCCGGUGCGGCGCCGAGCUGGGCUCGCCCGGGGGCGGCGGCGGCGGCGGCAGUGGUGGCGGCGGCGCAGGGGGGCGCCUCGCCCUGCUCUGGAUAGUCCCGCUCACCCUCAGCGGCCUCCUAGGAAUGGCAUGGGGGGCGUCCAGUUUGGGAGCGCACCACAUCCACCAUUUCCAUGGCAGCAGCAAGCAGCAUUCAGUGCCUAUUGCAAUCUACAGGUCACCGGCAUCCUUGCGAGGUGGACACGCUGGGACAACGUAUAUCUUUAGCAAAGGUGGUGGACAAAUCACGUAUAAGUGGCCUCCUAAUGACCGGCCAAGUACACGAGCAGACAGACUGGCCAUAGGGUUUAGCACUGUUCAGAAAGAAGCUGUAUUGGUGCGAGUGGACAGUUCUUCUGGCCUGGGAGACUACCUAGAGCUGCAUAUACAUCAAGGAAAAAUCGGAGUUAAAUUUAAUGUUGGGACAGAUGACAUCGCCAUCGAAGAGUCCAAUGCAAUCAUUAACGAUGGGAAAUACCAUGUAGUCCGUUUCACGAGGAGUGGUGGCAAUGCCACGUUACAGGUGGACAGCUGGCCAGUGAUUGAGCGCUACCCUGCAGGGCGUCAGCUCACAAUCUUCAAUAGCCAAGCAACCAUAAUAAUUGGCGGGAAAGAGCAGGGCCAGCCCUUCCAGGGUCAGCUCUCUGGGCUUUACUACAAUGGCUUGAAAGUUCUGAAUAUGGCAGCCGAAAAUGAUGCCAACAUCGCCAUAGUGGGAAAUGUGAGACUGGUUGGUGAAGUGCCUUCCUCUAUGACAACUGAGUCGACAGCCACUGCCAUGCAGUCAGAGAUGUCCACGUCAAUUAUGGAGACCACCACGACCCUGGCUACUAGCACAGCCAGAAGAGGAAAGCCCCCUACAAAAGAACCCAUUAGCCAGACCACAGAUGACAUCCUUGUGGCCUCAGCGGAGUGUCCCAGCGAUGACGAGGACAUUGACCCCUGUGAGCCGAGCUCAGGUGGGUUAGCCAACCCAACCCGGGCAGGCGGGAGAGAGCCAUACCCAGGCUCAGCAGAAGUGAUUCGGGAGUCCAGCAGCACCACGGGCAUGGUUGUGGGGAUCGUAGCCGCUGCCGCCCUGUGCAUCCUCAUCCUCCUCUACGCCAUGUACAAAUACAGAAACCGGGAUGAAGGCUCAUACCACGUGGAUGAGAGUCGAAACUACAUCAGUAACUCAGCACAGUCCAAUGGGGCUGUAGUAAAGGAGAAACAACCCAGCAGUGCGAAAAGCGCCAACAAAAACAAGAAAAACAAGGAUAAAGAGUAUUACGUCUGAUCCCAAGAUCUGAAAAGGACCCUUGUAUAGAAAUAGUCUUCAUUUUAUCUGAGACAUAAUAUAAACUUAUUUACUUUCCUUUUUAUGAAGCACAUAAAAAAGAAGACAGGGAAUGCAAUCAGGAAGGAAAGACUGUUUUUAAAAAAUAAAAACAAAGUAUCUCAUGCUCUUGUUUCUCCAAAAAAGAAAAAAAAAAAAAGCAGAGGUCAAUAAAUUCCCUAACAUCCACAGUGUUUUAAUUUACUCUGCCUGUCUUUAUGUUGCUGGAACAUUUCUAAAAGACAGUGGUGAUCGCACGCAUUCAUAAAGCAAAGGAGUAUUACAACAUCGGGAGGCACAACACAAAAACAACACAAAACACAACACAGAAAAAGAAGCUACCUGUGAUCCCGGAUUUAGCCAAAGUGCUAGCACUUUCCCGAGAAGUCAAUUAGUCUGAUUGCCAGAGAAGACUGUCAUUUUGAGUGACUCGACCUGCAAACCUUUUCAGAGUUCGUCACCUGGCACAACUGGAGCAGUGGCUGGAACUUGCACUUGAAACAAAGUGCUGGCUUUUUUGAAGACUUGUGUAGGAACACAUUCAAAAAGCCCCCUUCUGGUUGUGAGGGCAAAAAAACAAAGUAUGGAGGCCUUAUUUUCAACAAUGUGAAAGAUAAGGCACAUUUUCACACUAAAAUUUCAAAACAGAAAGAAAAAAACAAGAGGGUAUAGAUGCAAUCAUUGGGAAAUUUUCAUGCACGCUUAAUAUGUUAUUACAUGUGUUUAUAUAAAAUCCAUCUCUCUGUGCUUUCUGGACUGUGAUAAGUGACGUUUUAUAGCCUGUUGUAUAGAAAAUGCAAAAUAUAUCUCUGCUCUUCAGCCAUUUUUGGUAAAUUCAAUGUUAUAAGUGUUGCUAACUAUAGGGAGUUUUAUGACAUCAGAUCAACAAUUAUUUCAGGGUUUUCUUUUUUUGCCACCAUUAUAAAUUGCCACAAUUACUUACUUUUUUAAAAAAAAUUUACAAUGUAGUGUUUAUUCUAAGGAAGAUAUGUAUGAAUGUAUAUAAAAAGACUCAGCUACUUUUUUUUCCUUACAUGUACAGCCUUCAUUCUGUUGCAGUUAAGUUUUAGUAUUUGUAUGAAAGGUGUGAUUUAGAAGGUAAACUAUAUACAUAUAAUCUUCUCUGCUCCCCCAAAUACUCACAUUUCCCACAUACAUUCCUCAUUCACGAUCACAAAUCUGCGCACGCACACACACCCACACACACGCACACACACGCACACACAAAUCCAGAGGAAUCCAUCAGAUAGGAUGGAAGACCCAGACGUACAUGUAAUAGCAAAUAUUUACUGACAAGUUGAAAAGCAGAAAGGAAGAUCAUUGUGCCAACAUAUUGAUGACAAAUGGGGUGAUUUGCUUCAUUGAGAUCAUGCUCCCAGGAAACCUCCAGAUUUUAGUCCCUAAUGAAAUGGAACCUUUCCUUAUCAAAUAGACCAUCGAUGGUAUAUUGCUGCAUGAAUAUGAACCAUUAGGUGGGCAGGUAUGGAAGCAAAAUUGGUUGAUCUACACCUUAACCCUGGCUGCUGCAAAUGAAAACCUUUUGUCCAAUAAAAUUAUAUAUAUAUAUAUAUAUAUAUAUAUAUAUAUAGUCUCUGAACCUGACGUGCAUGAUAAACAUUUUUGGAAAGUAAACACUUUCUCAACUAAGAAAGUAUUUUCAGUAAUUUUUGAUUCUGUACUACUACCCAUUUAAGAAAAUCAUUAUUUGUUGAUUAUAGACUAUAAUUUAACUUUUCUGGUUUUACAUAUAUAUCAUUAAAUAUAGUUUUAGUUUAACACACAUUAAGUAGUAGAAAUGUAUAGAUUAUUCACUUGUUUUUGCAUAUUGUUUCAAUGAUGUUCAUAGCAAUAAAUUAUUAGUAUGAGAAGGAAAUGCAAUAUUAGAUUGGAAGGUGAUGCCUCAGUAAAAAUUGGUCGCAUUACUUUAACAUCUCCUAAAAGAAUGAUAUUAGAUUUCAUGGAAGAGAAGAAUACUUUUACAAUUAGCUUUAAUCAGAAAAGGCAAAAAAUGCAAAACAUCUUCUGUGAUACUUCAGUUGAUGAAAAAAGCCAAGACGUGGCCUGGAUUUCAGACAUACAGCACCUUAGAUAUAUGUAUAAUUCAUAGCAAAUCACCACCAUCUAUGGUUGCCAAGUAAUUGCUGUAUAUGAAAUGUCUUAAAGGGUUUUCAUGACCCAGAACGUAGAGGUAUAAAACUAAAAUUUAUUAUCCAUUACUUGUGUUUCAGAUUUUCUUCUUUUUUAAUUUGCCAGGUUAAAGGAUUCAUAAGUAGUUGUUGUUUUCCUCUCAUCCAGUCUUACUCAGGGAGAGCCAGUGAAAUAGAAGGUAAAUAUAAAACCACUCAUUUACAUCUUGAGGUUUAAAAAAAAAAUGGUUGCUUUUCCAUUUGAUCUACUGAACUUGAACUAGUUUCCAUCUGGGAAGAUUCUAAAUUGUGAUAGAAAAUAACUUAAAUAAUGGUAUUUUUAAGCAGUAUAUCUCUGAAGCAUGUUGUUUGGAACUGAUUUCAGUGUUUCUUUCCAGCAUAAAUUUUAAACUUUCGUGCAAUAUUGUCGGUAAAAAUAUUUCUAAUGUUAUUGGCCUACACAAAAUCUAGCAUUUUUUUUUUCUUUUUUUCUUCUUUCUUUCUUUGUAAAUGUGGAAAGAAAAGAGAGGAACACGAGCUAGGGAGAGAAAAGAUAUGAAUAAAAUCCCAAGUAUCUUCAUACCAAAUGUAUCAGGGUUCCAUGCAUAGUUGGCAGUUAAUAGAGGAUUUAACACUACCUGGCAUAAAUUUGAUUACAUCUCUAGACUGUAACUUUUCUGAUUGAAUAUGCUUCUUUUUUAUCCAUGUAAUGUGUUGCCUUUAAAAAAAAAAAUACUACAAUAAUGUGUGAGGUGGUCAAUCCCUAAGAUAUCAAAGAAAGGCCACAUGACCCUACCCUUCUAGUGCUUUGUGUGAUUGGGUACCUAAGGGUUUUGUUUUGUUUUGUUCUUCUGUUGCAAGGCCAACUUAUCCAUUAUUGGAAAUGCUAAGCAAGUGGAAUUUACUGUUUUGUUAAUAAAAUAUUUCUUAAUACAACUGUGGAUUUAUUGAUUUUUUAAAAGUAAUUGCAACACCCUUUGGGGACAAAGUGGCACCAUAAGGAAGACUGCAUUUGAAAGGAAAACCCAUCCUUAGACAAGCAGAGGAAGAAUACCAACUCUGUUUUCUGGAUUUUAGUAUUCAUUAAGCACCUCUACAUUGAUACACUUAAAGAUACAGCCACUAAAUGUACUUUUGUUUACAUCUGUUCAUCUUACUAUGUGUGAAACCACGAACUCAUACAUGAACAUGCUGAUUUCAUAAAUAUGGUUUUCUCUAUAAAAAGCAAUGUAAUUCAGGUUAAGUAAAUUUGUGAUUAAAUUUACCUA